GAGGCCAUUCGACAAACCUCCUUCUACUUUCGAGUAGGGGCUGCCAGACAGAGUAAAGAUACAGAAAUGGCGUCGAUGAUGAUGAUGAGGUCAACAGCCAUGAAAGUUCUCAAUGAACCAUUCUCAUCCCUUCUCUUCAAUCUCAAGUGGGGCCAUAUUCCUCGUGCCCAAGCUCAAAUAGUCAGGACAUUCUCCGCCUUCAUGUCUCCGCCAUCCAAGGCCGUCGUCUACGACCAGCAGGGCCCUCCUGACUCCGUCACCAGAGUGGUAGAGGUACCACCGGUGGAAGUAAAAGCUAACGAUGUGUGCGUUAAAAUGUUGGCUUCUCCGAUUAAUCCGUCUGAUAUCAAUCGAAUUGAAGGAGUUUACCCUGUGAGGCCGUCAGUUCCUGCAGUUGGAGGAUAUGAGGGUGUAGGAGAAGUGCAUUCUGUAGGCUCUGCAGUUAAGGAUCUGUCACCUGGUGAUUGGGUCAUUCCAUCUCCACCCUCUUUUGGGACGUGGCAGACUUACAUUGUACAAGAUCAGAGUGUCUGGCACAAAAUCAAUAAAGAGUCUCCCAUGGAAUAUGCUGCAACAGUCACUGUUAAUCCUUUAACUGCUUUAAGAAUGCUUGAAGACUUCACAUCUCUAAAUUCAGGAGAUUCUGUAGUGCAAAAUGGGGCUACAAGUAUUGUUGGGCAGUGUGUCAUUCAGAUUGCAAAAUUUCGCGGCAUCCGUAGCAUUAAUAUAUUAAGGGACAGGCCUGGUUCAGAUGAAGCAAAGGAAACUUUAAAGAAACUAGGUGCUGAUGAAGUGUUUACUGAGAGCCAAUUGGAAGUGAAGAAUGUCAAGGGUCUCCUGACUAAUUUACCAGAACCUGCUUUGGGAUUCAACUGUGUUGGUGGCAAUGCUGCUUCUUUGGUUCUCAAAUUCUUAAGGCAAGGAGGAACAAUGGUAACUUAUGGGGGAAUGUCUAAGAAACCUGUAACUGUAUCAACAUCCUCCUUCAUUUUUAAGGAUCUUACCCUGAGGGGGUUCUGGUUGCAAAAAUGGUUGACUUCAGAAAAAGCAAAAGAAUGCAGAAAUAUGAUAGAUUAUCUUCUUUCCCUUGCACAAGAAGGGAAGUUGAAAUACGAAAUGGAGCUGGUACCUUUUGACAAUUUUCACACAGCUUUGGACAAGGCACUUGGGAAAUUAGGGAGUCAACCUAAACAAGUUUUAAAAUUCUAAAUCUCAACGACUUGGGAGAGUUUGCUCAGGUCUUCUUGCUCUGUUCUUUUUAUUGCAUUGCAUUAGUUCUGGAACAUUUUUUAUGUUUUGCACUGUUUGAGCAGUUUAAUAGACAGACUGAGUUACCAGAAGUAUUCUCACUCAGAUUCUGGAAUUUUAUUGUUUAAAUCCUUGUGCUCAAGGUUUUUGUAGACAGACUGGUAAGUUUGUAAAAGCAAGCUUUGAAUGUUAGAAAACCAUGUGGAAAUUAAAUAAAAUGAUUUAGAGCUAUUGUG